AUGCAUUUUAGAGUUCAUUCAAAGAAUUGUUGGUUGGUUACGGCAAAGCAUCACUACAACCAAUCACUGGGGUUCUCAGGUGUAUCAAGUCUUCGUCGCAUGUGUUCCUCGUAUACUAGAGCUAAACCAGAUGGUCUUGAAAGUGCUGUCUCAAAGGUUUCUUCUACAGGAGCUUCUGAAGUUGACAACACAGAUGACGGUGGAAACACCUGGAUUGAUAUGUCAGAAGAUGCUCAUCGUUCUGCUGUUGAUGCUAGCACUGCUGCAGGCAACAACAUGAAGCGUCUGAAUGAUGCAAUUACAUUUCAUGUCCAAGAGUUAUUUGGUAAUCACACAUAUCUAGAAAAGGUAAUUGUUCCACUUGGUGGGACACUGAUCGGUACAGCAAUGGCAUGGUUUGUAAUGCCUGUUGUUCUAAGAAAGCUGCACAACUAUGCAUCAGAUGGUCCUCUUAGGACAUUCGAGGGAGACUCUACUAAGAAACAUCUGUCUUAUGAAACAAGCUUGUGGAGUGCACUGGAAGAUCCUACAAAAUAUAUCAUCACAUUUAUGGCAUUUUCACAGAUGGCUGCAGUUAUUGAGCCAAGCAUUUCAGUUUAUCUUCCACAAGCAUGGAAAGGGGCAUUCGUUGUAUCUUUUGUGUGGUUCCUUCAUAGGUGGAAAACUAACUUCAUUGGUCAUGCUAUGGCCAAACAAGCUGCUACAGGAACUGACCGCGAAAGAUUGUCAGCAUUUGAUAAGGUGUCAUCGCUAGGACUGAUAGCACUUGGAGUUAUAGCCCUUGCUGAAGCUUGUGGUGUACCUGUGCAGUCAAUAUUAACUGUUGGUGGUGUUGGAGGUGUUGCUACUGCUUUUGCGGCAAGAGAUAUCCUUGGUAACAUGUUGAGUGGAUUCUCUUUACAAUUUUCAAGGCCAUUCUCAAUUGGAGACUACAUAAAGGUCCCUGGUUAUUUAUCUAACCAACCUUUUAUACUCCUUUAUUUUCCUGGAAUCUGUGUCAUGUGA